AUGAUCUUCCACCAGCUUCGCUGGGCGCAGCCGAACGACGACCGCACCGCGAUGUUGCGGGAGGCGACCUCGUUCACCUUGGACUGUGACUUGCUCCAUGCGGGGGUGGACGAAAUGCGGAAGAACACCAACCCUUUCACAGGUGGAAUCAACUUCGAUGACAUGAACGACUUGGGUGAAGCCAGGGUGCUGGAUCAGCAGCGCAUCCAGAAGACUUUCUUGGAAUCGGUGUCCUGGAGGGUCCUGUAUGACUUGCUGGACAACUUUGGCCCUGUCUUCACCAUCAAGUUGUGGGUCUUUUUCCUGGCCUUCUACGUCCAUCUGGGCAGCCUUGCGGACCAGAACGACAGCUUCUUCGCGCCUCGCAAGAGCCGCUCCGAUGCUGUGCAGGUCAUGGCCCUGUUGGAUGCCACGCUGUUGGUGCUAGCGGAGCUGGGCCUGCUUUGGCACGGCCUCUCGCAACGUCGCCUGUGCCGCAGCCCCGGGCGCUUCAAGUCGCGCGUGAAGCGCGCGCACCGACUUUGGACGCGCAGGCGCUUCAUGUCCUUGAUCGUGGGCGUGGUGAGCCUUGGAGCCAUGGUGGUGGUGGGCCAGGUGGGGCAGAACUUGUGCAACUUGACGCCGCAAGAGACCUUCUCCAAGAACCCGGACUGCAGUGAUCCGACGGCCUUGAGCUUUUGUGCCGGCUAUGCGGUGGUCCGACUGUUCUUCUUCUUGCUGAUUACCCGACGCACGGACAUCCCCUUUGUCCAUGGGUCGCCGAAGAGCCUGCAGAAGCAACGUGCUUGGAGCACGCCUGAUGCGAACCUCUCGCAGGAUGGAACCAACAGCGCGGCCUCCUUCAUGACGGUGGUCUCCGACCCACCCAUUGGGCCCAUUGGAAAGGAGGGGAAGGGCAGCGCUCCCUUCUUUGUGUGGCUCUUCGUGCUGCUUUUGUGCUUUGCCUUUGAGGUAAUCUUUGUGGCGCCGUUGGUCUCAGGCUUUUCCUUCAGCGGCUUUUGUGGAGACUCCUGCUCCGACCGGCUCUUCGCCUUCUCUGCCGACCUAGAAGGCUUCACGGUCCACCCCUUUCCUUCGGAAUGCGUGGCCUGUGUGCUCUCUGUCAUGACGAUCUACCUCUUGGUGGGCAUGACGGCCUUCCUGGACCUGCACUUCCUUUUCUACUUGGUGAUCGGGAUCGGUGGCUAUGCCAUGGGUGAGCACCGGGGCUUGCGCAAUGUGGCCUCCUCUGCCCUCAGGCACUUGGACUUGGAUGCCAGCACCCGGCGUCAAGAUCACCAUGACACCUACAGCACCAUCAGUGAUGGCCGUGCCAUGGAAUGUAUCUUUGGCAGCGCGUGGCGGCUGGUUUGGAGCUGUGCGGUGGAAUCGCUCUACGAGGAUUGUUUGAUCUCAGAUGCUGCGGCCAACAACAUGGUGCACGCAGCCCGGACCUUCCGUUGGAAGGACCCGGCGGCCUCGCAGACGGAGUUCGCCCAGGUCUCACAGCGCUUCCAGCGGCUGCGCUUCCGCGCUACCCAGCUGCGGGGGGGCUCUUGGAAACAAGCGGGGCGAAGCUGCUGCAUCUCAGGGCUGCAGGUGAGGCAUGGGCCAAGGAGCAAUGCAGAAAGCUACAGCGUGGACAAAGUGGCUGCGAAGUUGGUCAAGGUCACGUCGGCUGUGCAGCACACCGAGCUGAUGCAAGUCUUGGAUGACCGGCUCAUCGCCACCACAGACGUGCCAGGCCUUGGCGUGAAAUCUGGUUGGCAGCUUCUCUCCCAGUCCUCGCAGAAUGGAGGUUCAGGCACCAGCACCCCUCAGAGAGAGCGCAGCCGGGGGAGCAGCCUCAACAUCGCAGGGCGCCCAUUGAAGACUAGCCCCAGCAGGAACUCCAUGGCUGAAGACCUGCUGAACUUACGGAAUGCCAGCAACUUCCCAGUGGAGUUGUCCUUCGCUGAUCCGGAAGGCUAUAGAGAAGUGGAGAUCGUCUUCCCCCGACCCAGGUGCAUUUAUGCGGUCUCCUUCCUGACCACGGGGGAUGAGCGGCAAUUCGAUCCGGUUUGCUGGGAGAUCGACGGAUCGGUGGAUGGAAGCAGCUGGAUGCGUUUGCAGACGCAAUCCGGCGAGUUCGACACGCCUUCCAUGCGCCGCUGCCCGGUGGAGACCUUCUUCGUCACGGAGCCCUGGUGCAAGCCGCAGGGCUCCAGCUUGGUGAAGGUGGAUCUACAGAAGAUCCCGGCCGCCGUCUCCGAGCGCCUGUGCUUCUUCGCCAACUCGUUGCGCGCGAUCUUGAAGUCGGGCGACCUGCGGCCGGGCCGCGACACGCUGCUGGACCGGAAGGUGGGCAAUGUGCCCACCUUGACCCAGGUGGUGCCGGUCUACGAGGAGCAGGUGCUUUUGAGCGAGGAGUUCUUAUGUGCCUCCGAUGGCCGCAACAGCAACCUGGGCUUCACCAUUUCACAGGCAGAAGAUCAAUGGGAGAUCUUCGCGCGGAAGCAAGGGAUGGCACCACGAGAGCUUUACAACUCCUUCACCUGUGGAGAGCUUCAUGAAUGGGUCCGGCAAGCUGAGGUGGAUCAGGACUGGACGAAGGCCAAGGAGAUCCGAGAGCUGAUCUUCGAGGUGCGUUUCUGGGCCUCCCAGCGCUCCCAGACGGUCUCGCGCACAGUGCUCGGGGCGAUCCAGUACCACAAGGUCUUGGAGAUGCUCCCAUCCGUGCAGGCCUCGCCGCAAACCAACUUGGAAGGUGACUAUGAUGCAGAGCUGGCUCGGCCAUCCCUCAAAGAGAUGGUCACGUGCCACGCGGCGCGCGAGCACAACUUCACCGGUCGCUUUCAGUAUGCCUCGCUGCUGCUGGCAUUCAAUGAGAACUAUGUGCAAGGACAGCCUGAAGAGAACAUUGUCAAGGUCGUUGAAGUGCUUCCUCGCGUGUAUCCCUUGGUGCUGGGUGAACUGGAGCCUAGACCGCCAGCAGCGAAGACACAGGGCAAGGCGGGGAAUCAACUGCAGGCACUGCGCUUUGCACCUGGACACUACCUGCAGAUGAUGGAUGCCAACAUGGGAGCCUUCUUCGGGGAGGCCUGCAAAGUGCCUUUCAUCCUGCAGCACUUCCAGCCCGCGGGCAGCGAUCGCAGGACGGUCCAGGCUCGGAUCAUCGGUUUCCGAGAACACAUCUUCACUGGCAGCCAUGGAGCUGUAGGCGCCGCGAUGGCCGAUGCGGAGUGGACCUUCGGCACCAUCUGCCAACGCUUCCUGGCGGGCCUCGGCGCGCGGAUGCACUAUGGGCAUCCGGACUUCUUGGACGGCUUUUGGGCCUCCAAUCGCGGCUCGAUGUCCAAGGCAUCUCCCGUGCUGAACCUGUCCGAGGACAUCUUCGCGGGCUUCAACGUACUCAUGCGUGGUGAGCGGUCCACACACGUGGACUGUUUGGAGUGGGAGAAGGGCAGAGAAGUCUCCUUCAACUCGGCCUCGUUGUUCUUCACCAAAGUGGCCAGUGGAAACGUGGGAGUGAUGCGCUCUCGCGAUUUGAAGACCCUGACGGGUAGCAUGAACAUUGCAGACAGCUUCUCCUUCUACUUCGCGUCCGUGGGCUUUUAUCUCUACAACGUGGUCACGGAUAUCUCCAUGAGUGCGUAUGUCUUCAUCUUCGUUCUCCUGACGCUCUCAUCCAAGAGCUUGGAUGAUAUUGGGAAGCUGGACUCCUUGCUGGCAGCGGAGUGGGUGAUCUCCUUCGGUACCUUAGCCAUGUUUCCAAGGCUCAUGGAGUUGACCCUGGAGUAUGGCAUCAUGGAGGGCUUCAUUCGAUUCCUGCCAUCGAUUCCAGGAGCCGUGUUGGUGUUCACAUUCAUGAACAAAUCCAUCGCGGAAGCCGUGGGCUCUACGAUGCAGACGGGCAUUGCAAGCUACGUCUCCACUGGACGCCCUCCGGCCAACGACCACUAUGGUUGGCGAGAUUGCUACUUCUUUUACAGAGAGAGCCAUUACUAUCCAGCUGUGCGGAUCCUUAUCAUGUAUGCGGUCUACAGGUCGCUGGCCGAGACCUUCAAUGUGGCAGCCCUGCCCAUGAUGGUCCUCUUGGGCACUGCCUGCGUCUGGUUGGCCGGUCCAAUGCUCUUCUGUCCGCAGCCGACCCUCUGGUCCCUGCGCGACGAUCUCUCGGAGUUCUGGUGCUUUGUGAUUGGCACGCCCCACGCGGAACGCAGUGUGAACCUCAAAGAGGUGAACCUGGAGGAACGCCUGGCUGCCCAGAAGGACGACGCCACGGCCAACUUGUACGACGUUUGGCUUUUCGACAAGUUGAAGCACAAGCGAGCACCGAUGCUGGCUCGCGUCAUGGAAAUCGCGGUGGCAAUGGCCCUUCUAGUCGUAAUGCUCGCGGUGGUGUUUGGCACCAUGGUGGACCAAAUCCGCUCCGUGGUCCUGCUGGUGCUGCUGAAUUAUUUCAUUCUGGCACUCUGGCGGGUCUUUGGUCGCCCAACCAUCUUGAUGAUGCUCUCGGGCGUCUUGUGGAUUUGUGCCGUGCCCUUCGUGCUGAACAGCCAAUCUCUGGGAGGACAGUAUGGAACUCUUUUGGUCGCCUUUAUCCUGACCUUCCAAGCUUUGACCGUCAUCGAGAAGGCGCUUCUUUUGGGCGCCUGGGUGUGCUUGCGCCCGGAUCCCGACUGCGCCUCCAUGCCAGAGAGCUCCAUUGAAGAGCUCCGACAGAAGCGAGAUGCUGCAAGAAGAGUUCAAAGCUAUGAUGCAGUCGUGGAGUACUUCUAUUUAAACUUCAUGUCAUACCAGUGGCACCUAUAUGUUUCGAUCAUGCUUCUAGCUGUCAACCUCGUUGUGCAGCUCGGAGUUGCCGUGCUUGAAAUGCUUGGAGGCCUCCAAUCCUGGUGGCUUCUGGGUUCAAAGCUCCGCGGCGGCUGUUGCCGCGUGCGGCGCCCCGAGUACAAACCGCCGGGGAGCGAUCACGACCCGCCGAGCGAGCGGCGGAUCCAGCUCUCCGGCGAGCGGGAGGGUCUCCGAAGCCGCUUGGGCAAGGGGAUCUCGUGA